UCAACCCUUCAGCGUGGGGACUGAUCUCCUCCUCAAAAUCCAAAGCAAGGGAGAAAGCAUUGCCAACUAGUAGUAGUGAUCCCUUCUCUUUCUUUUUGGAAGGAGUAGAGGUAGAAACUACGAGGGGAGAGCACAAGGAUGGUGUGGAAGCACGAAUUCCAAAGCGUCUCCGUGUUGAUGGCUGUUCUUCUCUUCGUCUUCCCCACCCCAUGCGCCGCGGUGAUGAGCGAGGGCACGGCCAUGCAGCUCGCGCACGCCGAGCUCGUCCGGGUUGCAGGAUAUGGAGACGAGAGGCUGUCCACCGUGCUCGUCACCGGAACCCUUCUCUGCAGUGCACGCAUGCACCGAAGUCCCGGCCUCUUCACAUCCAACGUCCCAGGUGCCAAGGUUGCAGUUGCAUGCAAAACCGAAGGGAGAAGGGAGCUUAGCUGGGCCUAUGGAUUAACCGAUGACUACGGAGAGUUCAUUGUAGACCUCCCUUCCCAUCUGCACGCAAACCCAAAGCUGGAAGAAGAUUGCAUUGUUAGGGUUCUUCGCGUGCCGAAGAAGGGUUCCUUCUGUGAUCUUGUCUCAGGUGUACGCUCCAAACAUAUAACGUUGUCCUCGGUUGGAGAAAGCAUCCGUGUGUAUACAGCAGGAACCCUAAUCUUGAGUCACAGGACCAGAUCUUAAUCGAUUUCACCAUGCAUGUACGUACUGUUGCAGGAAAUCAUUGCCACAUUCGGAGAUGCAGAUUGACCAAAAUAAUUUCCAUUGAGUAGUUGAUGGAAUCGUCAAUCCUUGUGCAGUUCACAUGUUUACAUGUGUUUCCCAAAUGUAAUCAUGAAAUGGAAGAUAUCAUAUGCUGAGA